AUGCUGGUCCUUUUCGAGGUCGCAGCUGGAUACGCUGUCUUCAAGCUCAACAGCGAGAAGAAAUUGAAGAAUGUAGACAACAUUUGGGAAGAAUUCAACAGUGCUGAAAAAGCACAGGAAAACCUUCAAUUGGUUUCUUUCAAGAAGUUCAAAACUACAGCUGGAGCAGUUGAGGCCGCCUCGGAAAUCACUGAAGGAAAACUCAGCAAGACUCUCAAGAAGUUGUUGAAAUCUAGCGUUGAUGAGACCGAAAAGUUAGCCGUCGGUGAUGCCAAACUUGGAAAUUUGAUCAAGGAAAAGCUUUCUUUGAACUGCGUUCAUGAUAGCUCGAUCAAUGAAUUGAUGCGUGGAGUUCGUGCUCAUAUUGAAGAUUUACUCGCUGAACACAAAGAAGAAAUGAAUGCCAUGAAUUUGGCUGUUGCUCACUCAUUGGCUCGUUACAAGGUCAAAUUCAAUCCAGAGAAAAUCGACACUAUGAUUGUUCAGGUAAAUAAAAAAAAUAACUUGCGACUGAAUUCCAAUAAUGCAUUUUCCAGGCUGUUUCUGCUCUUGAUGAUCUCGAUAAAGAGUUGAACAACUAUGUUAUGAGAUCCAGAGAAUGGUACGGAUGGCAUUUCCCAGAACUCGGAAAGAUCGUUCAAGAUCAUCAAGCAUAUGCCAAGGUUGUUAAAACCAUCGGAAUGCGUCAGAAUGCGGUCAACUCCGAUUUAUCCUCAAUUCUCCCAGAAGAACUCGAAGAGAAAGUCAAGGAAGAUGCCGAAAUUUCAAUGGGAACUGAUAUUUCCGACAUUGAUCUUUUCCACAUCAAAGGACUCUGCGAUCAAGUUAUCGAGCUUUCUUCAUACCGGUAAGAUUUGUGUUUUUUCUUUCAAAAAAUAUAUGUUUUCUUUUUAGUACCCAAUUGUUCGACUACCUCAAAAACCGUAUGUCUGUUCUCGCUCCAAAUCUCACUGUUUUACUCGGUGAACUUGUCGGAGCCCGUUUGAUCUCACACGCUGGAUCUCUAGUUUCUUUGGCAAAAGCCCCAGCCUCAACUAUUCAAAUUUUGGGAGCCGAAAAAGCUCUCUUCCGUGCUUUGAAAACCAAAAAAGACACACCAAAAUAUGGAUUGAUUUACCACGCUCAACUCAUCACACAAGCUCCACCAAAAGUCAAGGGAAAGGUAAGAGUUUCUUCAGCAUAAAUUCGAGAAAAAUAUUUCCGAUUAUAGAUGGCUCGUAAAUUGGCUGCUAAAUGCUCAUUGGCUUCUCGUAUUGAUGCAUUGACCGAUGAAACCGCUGGAAACGAAGUUGGAAUUGAAUGUAGAGCUGCAUUAGAAAAUGUUUUGAGAUCAGAAUCUGAAAGAGGACCAUCGAAAAAACAAACUGGUGGAUAUGGUGGAAACACACAUAGACAUGAUAAAUAUGAAUUCAAGAGGUAAGUUCGGUCAAAAGUUACACAAAUAAGCUAACCAAUAAUAUUUCAGUGAUACAUAUCAAUACGAUGCUUCAGCGGAUGCGGUUAAAGGCGGAAAGAAGCACAAGAGAUUCGAUGAUGAUGAGGAAAAUGCUACUGCUGUAAAGAAAAUGAAGGUAUGUGGUAUUGAAGAAAUACAUUUGAUUCAGAAUCAAUUAAUUUUCAAAAUUUUAUAGAUCGAAGAGGUUGACGAAGCUGAAGAAGUUUCAGAGAAGAAAAAGAAGAAGAAGGAUAAGAAAGUGAAAAAAGAAGAGCCAGAGGAUAGCGAUUAA